AUGUAUUCCAGAACAUCCCAGGCAGUGCUGAACCUGGCGGAUGGCCAAGGUAUUAAAAAAUACGUUGUUGGCCUAAUUAUCAAGACCUCAUCUGACCCAACAUGUGUAGAAAAAGAGAAAGUGUAUAUUGGGAAACUGAAUAUGAUUCUUGUUCAGAUCCUGAAACAGGAGUGGCCGAAGCACUGGCCCACGUUUAUCAGCGAUAUUGUGGGAGCCAGCAGGACCAGCGAGAGCCUGUGCCAGAACAACAUGGAUCUGAAACUGCUGAGUGAAGAAGUCUUUGAUUUUUCCAGUGGCCAGAUUACUCAAGUAAAAGCCAAGCAUUUGAAAGACAGCAUGUGCAAUGAAUUUUCUCAGAUAUUUCAGCUGUGUCAGUUUGUGAUGGAAAACUCCCAAAAUGCUCCCUUAGUCCAUGCAACUUUGGAAACUUUGCUACGAUUUCUGAACUGGAUUCCUCUGGGAUAUAUUGAGACCAAGUUAAUCAGCACACUAAUAUACAAGUUCUUAAAUGUUCCCAUGUUUCGAAAUGUCUCUUUGAAGUGCCUCACAGAGAUUGCAGGUGUCAGUGUAAGCCAGUAUGAAGAACAGUUUUGUAACCUUUUUACACUGACCAUGAUGCAGUUAAACAGGAAAAAAGGUUUAAAUCUGAGGGAAACACUAAUGGAGGCUCUUCAUUACAUGUUGUUGGUAUCAGAAGUUGAAGAAACUGAAAUUUUCAAGAUUUGUCUGGAAUAUUGGAACCAUUUAGCUGCUGAGCUGUACAGGGAAAGUCCGUUCUCAACGUCAGCUUCUCCACUGCUUUCAGGGAGUCAACACUUUGAUGUUCCUCCAAGGAGGCAACUUUACUUGCCUGUUUUGUCCAAGGUUCGAUUGCUCAUGGUCAGCCGCAUGGCCAAGCCUGAAGAAGUCCUGGUUGUGGAAAACGAUCAAGGGGAGGUAGUUCGGGAAUUCAUGAAGGAUACGGAUUCCAUAAACUUGUAUAAAAAUAUGAGAGAAACGUUGGUUUAUCUCACACAUCUGGAUUAUGCAGACACAGAACGAAUUAUGACUGAAAAGCUUCACAAUCAAGUGAAUGGGACUGAGUGGUCGUGGAAGAAUCUGAACACCCUGUGCUGGGCUAUCGGCUCCAUCAGCGGCGCCAUGCACGAAGAAGAUGAAAAGAGGUUUCUGGUUACAGUAAUUAAGGAUCUCCUGGGACUCUGCGAACAAAAGCGAGGAAAGGACAAUAAAGCCAUUAUUGCAUCAAAUAUAAUGUAUAUAGUAGGUCAAUACCCACGAUUUUUGAGAGCUCACUGGAAAUUUUUGAAGACAGUAGUCAACAAGCUGUUUGAAUUUAUGCAUGAAACCCACGAUGGUGUCCAGGACAUGGCUUGUGAUACCUUCAUAAAAAUAGCACAAAAAUGCCGCCGACACUUUGUCCAGGUUCAGGUGGGAGAGGUCAUGCCAUUUAUUGAUGAAAUCCUGAACAAUAUUAACACAAUCAUCUGUGACCUUCAGCCACAACAGGUGCACACAUUUUAUGAAGCAGUUGGAUACAUGAUUGGGGCACAGACAGACCAGACUGUGCAGGAGCAUCUGAUAGAAAAGUACAUGUUGCUGCCCAACCAGGUGUGGGACAGCAUCAUUCAGCAGGCAACAAAGAAUGUUGAUAUUCUAAAGGAUCCUGAAACAGUUAAGCAGCUUGGUAGCAUUCUGAAAACCAAUGUACGAGCGUGUAAAGCAGUUGGCCACCCCUUUGUGAUUCAGCUUGGAAGAAUUUAUUUAGAUAUGCUGAAUGUGUACAAGUGCCUAAGUGAAAAUAUUUCUGCAGCUAUUCAGGCUAAUGGUGAAAUGGUAACAAAGCAGCCCUUGAUUAGAAGUAUGAGGACUGUAAAAAGGGAAACUUUAAAAUUAAUUUCUGGCUGGGUGAGCAGGUCCAAUGAUCCGCAGAUGGUAGCUGAAAACUUUGUUCCUCCGUUGUUGGAUGCAGUUCUCAUAGAUUACCAGCGGAACGUCCCGGCCGCUCGGGAGCCCGAGGUGCUCAGUACCAUGGCUAUCAUUGUCAACAAGCUGGGGGGACACAUCACUGCUGAAAUACCUCAGAUCUUCGAUGCUGUUUUUGAGUGCACAUUAAACAUGAUCAACAAGGACUUUGAAGAAUAUCCUGAACAUAGAACAAACUUCUUCUUGCUGCUCCAAGCUGUAAAUUCUCACUGCUUCCCAGCCUUCCUGGCCAUUCCACCUGCACAGUUCAAACUUGUCCUGGAUUCUAUUAUUUGGGCUUUCAAACACACAAUGAGAAAUGUUGCAGAUACAGGACUUCAGAUCCUUUAUACCCUACUCCAAAAUGUUGCACAGGAGGAGACAGCUGCCCAGAGCUUCUAUCAGACGUAUUUCUGCGAUAUCCUCCAGCACAUCUUCUCUGUGGUCACAGACACCUCACACACUGCAGGUUUGACAAUGCAUGCGUCAAUCCUUGCCUACAUGUUCAACUUGGUAGAAGAGGGAAAAAUAAGUACUC